GCUUCCCCGCCAGCGAAAUUCGUUAUCUUUUCUUUGACUGAACUCCCAGUAGACCCAAAUGGAAAUCUGGUAUAUAAUACAUCAGCAGCAGCUAGCGUCUCGAACUUAUCUUGCUCUGUCACCGAGGGCGACGCUUCGAGAAUGGAAGAAGGAAGUGAAACGGGAACUAGCAAAACCCUGGUUUUUGCUGUUAAUGGUUGUAGGUUCGAGCUCUCUGAUGUCGACCCUUCAACUACUUUGAUCGAGUUAUUGCGUACCAGAACUCCUUUCAAGAGUGUCAAGCUCGGUUGUGGUGAAGGGGGGUGUGGAGCUUGUGUUGUUCUGCUUUCUAAGUAUGAUGAAAUAGUUGGUAAAGUUGAAGACUUCACGAUAAGUGCGUGUCUUACCCUGCUUUGCAGCUUACAUGGAUGUUCAAUCACCACAACUGAAGGCCUUGGAAAUAGCAAAGACCGGUUUCAUCCAAUUCAUGAGAGAUUUGCUGGUUUUCAUGCCUCCCAAUGUGGUUUCUGCACUCCUGGAAUGUGCAUGUCCCUCUAUGGAGCCCUCGUUAAUGCUGAUAAGACAAAUGAACCAGAAUCAGCCUCAGGGAUCUCCAAGCUAACAGCUUUUGAAGCUGAAGAGGCCAUUGCUGGCAAUCUUUGUCGGUGUACUGGAUAUUGACCUAUUGCUGAUGCGUGCAAAAGUUUUGCAGUUGACAUUGACAUGGAGGAUUUAGGGUUCAACUCCUUCUGUAAAACCAAGGAAAGCAGGAUGCCUGUGUAUGACAAUAACCAAGGCAUCUCUAGAUUCCCGGAAUUUUUAAAAUCGGAAUGCAAGAGUAAUUUGCUUUUGGGUUCAGAGAAACUCCGGUGGCUUACGCCAAAAGCGUUCUUGGAACUUGACAACAUGUUGUUAUCCAUCAAUUCCAACAGAGUUGGCCUGGUGAAACUAGUGGUUGGUAACACUAGUGCUGGUUAUUAUAAGGAACUUGAGAACUGUGACACCUACAUUGACCUCAGGUAUAUACCUGAACUUUCGUGCAUUAGGCGGGAUCCGGUAGGGAUUGAAAUAGGGGCAGCUGUGACCAUUUCUAAAGCUAUCUGUGCACUGAGAGAAGCUUUCAGAAUCGAAUCUCCUUCAGAAGGUGCUAUCGUUUAUAAAAAGAUCGCAGCUCAUAUGGAGAAAAUAGGUACAAAGUUCGUUCAAAAUACAGGCAGUAUAGGUGGGAAUUUAGUCAUGGCUCAGAGGGAACAUUUUCCAUCUGACAUUGCUACCAUACUUCUUGGAGCUGGUGCUUUUGUUAAUAUACGAAGUGGUACAGCUUAUGAGACAGUUAGCUUAGAAGAAUUCCUUGAAAGACCACAUUUGGAUUCAAAAAGUGUACUUUCAAGUGUUAAAAUCCCACUCUGGGAGCUGGAAAAGGGCAGAAAUUCUGGGGUAGACCGUAAACUGUUAUUCGAGACAUACCGGGCUGCACCUAGAGCUCAUGGAAAUGCGUUGGCCUAUGUAAAUGCUGCUUUCUUGGCUGAACUUUCAUCCUGUGGAUCUUCUGGUGGAGCUGUACUGAAUAAAUGUCUGCUGGCUUUUGGUGCUUAUGGAAAAAAACAUGCAAUACGAGCAAGGGAAGUUGAGAAAUUAUUAACAGGGAGAGUGUUGACAGCUCGAGUUCUAUAUGAAGCCAUUAAUUUGGUUAAAGCAACAGUGGUGCCUGAAGAAGGAACCGGCAGUGAAGCCUAUAGGUCAAGUGUGGCAGUUGGUUUUCUAUUUGAAUUCUUGAGCCCCUUGGCAGAUGCUACUAUUGGAAUCUCAAGAUGUACUUUGUCGUCUAAGGACGCUGAAGAGAAUUAUGAAGAGGGGGGCCAUGUUAAAUGCCCCAGAAUGCUGUCAUCCUCAAGGCAGGUGUUUCAACUACACAUCGAUUACCGUCCUGUUGGUGAACCGAUUGUAACAUCUGGAGCUGCCCUUCAAGCUUCUGGUGAAGCGGUUUAUGCUGAUGACAUCCCCUCCCCUGAAAAUUGCCUACAUGGCUCAUUCGUUUAUAGCACAAAGCCAUUAGCUAGGGUAAGGGGUAUACAAGUCAACCCUAAAUCACAGUCAAAUUGGAUAUCUGGUCUCAUUAACUAUAAGGACAUACCAAAAGGUGGGAAGAACGUAGGUUCCAUGACCAUAUUUGGAUCUGAACCUUUGUUUGCCGAUGAUUUUACGCAAUGUGCUGGAGAUCGCCUUGCCUUCCUGGUUGCCGGUACCCAGAAAGAAGCCGAUGUGGCAUCAAGGCUCGCCAUUGUUAAUUAUGAUCUAGAGAAUCUGGAAGCCCCGAUCUUAACAGUGGAAGAUGCUGUGGCUAGGUCUAGCUUUUUCCAGGUUCCUCCUUUUCUGUAUCCCAAAGAAGUUGGUGAUUUUUCAAAAGGAAUGGCUGAAGCUGAUCACCAGAUUUUUUCCGCCGAGGUAAAGAUCGAUUCUCAAUACUACUUCUAUAUGGAAAGUCAAACUGCCCUUGCUGUGCCUGAUGAAGAUAACUGCAUGGUAGUUUACAGUUCUUCUCAGUGCCCUGAGUAUGUUCAUGCAACAAUUGCUCAAUGUAUUGGUGUUCCUGAACACAACGUACGCGUAAUUACCAGAAGGGUUGGAGGUGGCUUUGGUGGGAAGGCUAUUAAAUCAAUGCCAGUUGCUACAGCUUGCGCACUUGCCGCUCAUGUACUGCGGCAGCCUGUCAGGAUAUAUGUCAAUCGCAAAACUGAUAUGAUAAUGGCAGGAGGUAGGCAUCCAAUGAAGAUAACUUACAGUGUUGGUUUCAAGUCGACUGGGAAAAUCACGGCACUGAAACUCGACAUACUAGUGGAUGCUGGGAUAUAUACAGACAUAAGUCCAGUAAUACCAUCAAACUUUAUGGCCGUACUUAGAAAGUAUGAUUGGGGUGCUUUGUCUUUCGACAUAAAGGUCUGCAAAACAAAUACAGUAAGUAGAUCAGCAAUGCGGGGACCUGGAGAAGUUCAGGGAUCAUAUGUUGCAGAAGCUAUAAUUGAAAACAUAGCCUCUACUCUUUCCGUGAAUGCAGACUGUGUAAGAAAAAUUAACCUUCACACACAUGAUAGCCUUAUGUUGUUCCAUCCUGAUAGCUCAGGUGAAGUACCAGAGUAUACAUUGAGUUUGAUCUGGGAGAAGUUAGCCCAAUCUUCUGAAUAUAGCCAGAGAAGGGAAAUGGUAAGUGAGUUUAAUAAGUGCAAUGUGUGGAAGAAAAGAGGCCUUUCUUGUGUGCCAAUAGUUCACGAACUGAUAGUGAGACCUGCUCCUGGGAGAGUAAGCAUUUUAAGAGAUGGGUCUAUUGUUGUUGAAGUUGGAGGUAUAGAGCUUGGUCAGGGACUAUGGACAAAAGUAAAGCAGAUGACAGCAUUUGCUCUUGGGUUGAUCAAAUGUGAUGCUUUAGAAGUAGACUUGUUGGAGAAAGUAAGGAUAAUACAAGCUGAUACUCUAAGUUUGAUUCAAGGCGGCUUUACUGCUGGAAGCACUACGUCUGAGUCGAGUUGUGAAGCAGUUAGACUUUGCUGUGAGAUCUUGGUUGAGAGACUGAGACCUCUAAAGGAAAAGUUGAAGACUGAAAUGGGUUCUGUGCAAUGGGAGAUGCUUAUUCAACAGGCACAUAUGCAAGUUGUGAACUUAUCCACAAGCUCGUACUCUGGCCCUGAUUUUUCUUCCAACCGCUACUUAACCUACGGUGCUGCAGUGAGCGAGGUGGAGGUAAACCUACUUACUGGGGGAACAACAAUUCUGAGAUCAGAUAUACUUUAUGACUGUGGACGAAGCCUAAAUCCUGCUGUGGAUUUAGGACAGAUUGAAGGGGCCUAUGUGCAAGGUAUCGGGUAUUUUAUGCUGGAAGAGUACACAAGAAACUCGGAUGGACUAGUAACCUCAGAUGGAACAUGGACCUACAAGAUUCCUACAGUAGACACAAUACCAAAACAGUUUAACGUCGAAAUACUAAGCAGUGGAAAUCACAAGAACCGUGUGCUGUCCUCCAAAGCUUGUGGUGAGCCACCACUGCUCUUGGCAUCCUCAGUUCACUGCGCGACGAGAGCAGCAGUUAGAGCAGCCCGAGAGCAGCUUCAGUCAUGGGGUUACCACGACGAAUAUGGUCCAACCUUCAAUCUGGAGGUGCCAGCUGUCAUGCCCACUGUGAAGGAGCAAUGUGGUUUGGACAAUGUGGAGACGUACAUGAAGUGGAAAAUGAGCACCCACCGAGUUGAACAAUAGUAGAACCCUCUAAAGGUUGGACAGAGUAACAUAGAAGACAGGUACCAAAUACAAGAGAGCUUGUCGAAGAUCACAAAUAGCACAGACAACAAACGAGCUCAGAGGAGAUCGAGAAACACGGUUAUGGUGCCACGCAGUGGUGGAGCCACUUGGAGAGGAGGGGGGUGCUUGCACCCCCUUGGGUUUGGAGAAAAUAUUCUCGAGUAGGGGUAUAUACAAAUUCGAAUCAGUGACCAUUCGAACCGAGUGAGUUUUGUUAUGCAAUGCAUUUUCGCGUCUGUAUUUAUAGUAAUAAAUUGUUGUCUUUUGUUUAAACUCAUUCGUUUCUUUUGUAG